ACGGCGGCGGGAGCCGGGAGCCGGGGCCGCGGCUGGAGCCGCGCAGGGGAGCGGGAGCGGGGAGCGGAGCUGCCCCGCGGGGCGGCUGCGGGCGGGAAGGUGCCGCGCUGCCGGAGCAUCCCGAGCGGGGCAUUCCGAGCCGGAGCAUCCCGAGCUGCUUUUAGAAGGAGAUCGACACUCCGGGUGUGGGGUGUUUUUUCCUGCCUCUGCCCUAACCCGGCGCGUGUUGUUCGUGCUCUCGGUGCCAGCGGAGCCUCGGCGAGCACGGCUGCCCGCGGCCGAGCGCUGCUGCCCACACGCUCCCGCAGCGCCGGGGCCGCCCGCUGCCGCUGUCCGGCGCCGAGCGGUGCCGCGCCGGCUCAGGCGGGUCCCCGGCGGGUUUGGGAAGCUGCUGUGCGCUCUGGAACAGCUCCCGCCGCGCCUCGGCCGUGCUGCUGCUCCGAGGGAGCAUCCUUAGCGGUUUGCCUGUCCUGUGCCGUAACCAAGGGCAUUUGAUUUCCACGAGCGUUUAACCGAGGGACUUUUCUCAGCAUGCAGUCCCUUUAGAUUUGGACGUGAUCACCAACCGCAUCCUCUGCAUUGGACAUUUGGCUUCUAUUUCCAUAUCUUCCUGCUUUUCUGAAGGAUAAAAUCUUAAAUUGUCCUGGACUUGAGCAGUAAAAGAUAAACUCAUUCACUGACUGACUUGUCAUCUCACCAUUAUGAUGGAAAAAUGUUCGCUUAAAAUAAACCCUUUUUAUGCCACUAAAACUGCCUUCAAACACAAGAUUUGUUGUAAUUUUUAAAACACAAACCCAGCAAUGUCAGAACCCAACCCUUCAUCUGGAUUUGUUGGAAAUAUGGAAAAUGGGACUUUUCUGGAGCUGUAUCCCACAUCCCUUUCAACUUCAGUGGAUUCAUCACCUGGCCGUUUAUCCAAUGUCUAUGUCUAUGUUUCUAUAUUCCUUAGUCUCUUAGCUUUUCUCCUUUUGCUACUGAUCAUUGCACUUCAGAGGCUGAAAAACAUAAUUUCUUCCAGUUCCUCCUACCCUGAAUACAAUAGUGAUGCUGGAAGUUCAUUCACUAAUUUAGAGGUUUGCAGUAUUUCUUCCCAGCGCUCUGCUCUCUCAAACCUUUCUUCAUGAAAAUAAAUGAAAGAAAACAUACAGGAAAUGGAAGAGCUUUGUCUAGUUUCUUGAGGAACUAGUGCAUGUAACAUUUGCCUUAGAAGACUAUUAUCAAGAGGUGUUUUUAAAAGUUUCUUUAUUUUUUUCCCCUUUCCUUUUCUAGUUUUCAUUUCCCUUUUAACUAAUUUUCAUUUUGGACAGUGGAUAAUGAAUAAUACCUGAUCAUCGUUUCUUGCCUGUACUAGUGAUGCUCUUUCUCACGCAUAGACGGUGUUUGUUAAGAGUAUUCCUGCUAAAUUGUAAUACACUUCUAACUAGAUGUGUCAUUUUUCUGCUCUAAUUGUGACCCAUUCCCUGGUCUUGUAUCAGCAAUAUGCUGACUGUAUUUCUUUUCCUUUUUUAAUUAUAUAAGGACUUAUGGAUGAAAUCCCUAUUGCAAAAGUACAAAAAAUCUGCUUAAAUUAUAAAUAUUAGGACAACUUAAAGUUGUUGAUAUAUUCCUUUUUUUUCUUUUUAGUUUUUCACAUCUUUUUCAGUGUUUGUUGAUGUUUAUAAAACAUAACUAAUUCUUGAAGAAUGUUGCUUUUGUUUAUUUGUACUCCCAGCUCGUUCUGUAUAAAGUUGGUAUUUCAGUUUUUGAGUCUCUUUGGUUAACUUAGUAAAGCAACUACAAUAACAAUGCUC